UUGGCACAAACAAUCAAAACGCUGUCUCUUUUGAGUUCACUGCCAUCUCUCUCUCUCUCUCUGUCGAAUUUUGGGAGAAAGAGAGUAAUUUGGAGGAGAAUUGUGGUGGUGAGAGAGAAGAUCAGAGAUGGGUAUAUUGAGCAUUAUAACGGGUGUUUUUGGUUUUGGAGUGGGAACUUCAAUUGGGCUUGUGAUCGGUUACUACAUGUUCAUCUACUUUCAGCCAACUGAUGUUAAGGAUCCUAUUAUUCGUCCUCUGGUGGAGCAAGAUUCUAAAACUUUGCAACGGCUGCUUCCGGAGAUACCCUUAUGGGUGAAAAUGCCCGAUUAUGAUCGUGUUGACUGGCUUAAUAGGUUUAUUGAAAUCAUGUGGCCCUAUCUGGAAAAGGCAAUUUGCAAGACCGUUCAGACCAUAGCAAAGCCCAUUAUUGCUGAGCAAAUUCCGAAAUACAAAAUUGAUUCUGUUGAUUUUGAAGCACUGACCUUGGGCUCUCUACCACCUACUUUUCAAGGAAUGAAAGUUUAUGUCACUGAUGAGAAGGAAUUGAUCAUGGAACCAGCGUUAAGGUGGGCUGGUAAUCCUAACAUCAUCGUUGCAGUUAAAGCAUUUGGGUUGAGAGCCACAGUUCAGGUAGUUGAUUUGCAAGUAUUUGCUUGUCCACGUAUAACUCUGAAGCCCUUGGUUCCGACGUUUCCCUGUUUUGCAAAAAUAGUUGUUUCUCUUAUGGAGAAGCCACACGUUGACUUUGGGCUAAAGCUGCUUGGCGCGGAUGCUAUGUCCAUUCCUGGCCUCUAUAGGUUUGUCCAGGAGCUUAUUAAAGAUCAAGUUGCAAAUAUGUAUCUAUGGCCUAAAGCCCUAGAGGUACAAAUUAUGGAUCCUGCAAAGGCCAUGAAGAAACCUGUUGGAAUCCUCAGUGUAAAGGUCCUGAGAGCAAUGAAGCUAAAAAAGAAAGAUUUACUGGGAGCAUCAGACCCUUAUGUUAAACUCAAGUUAACGGAGGACAACCUUCCUGCUAAGAAAACAACGGUAAAGCAUAAAAAUUUAAACCCCGAAUGGAUUGAGGAAUUUAACAUGGUUGUCAAAGAUCCUGAAUCUCAAGCACUAGAGCUGAACGUUUACGACUGGGAACAGGUUGGUGCGCAUGAUAAGAUGGGUAUGAAUGUUGUUCCAUUGAAAGAGCUUACGCCUGAUGAGCCUAAGGUGCUGACUCUUGACCUACUCAAAAACAUGGACCCAAAUGAUGCUCUGAAUGAGAAGUCUCAUGGGCAGAUUGUCGUGGAGAUGACAUACAAACCUUUCAAAGAAGAUGAAGUGCCUGAUGAUGAAGAUUCAAACAUGGUCCAAAAGGCGCCCGAAGGAACACCUGCUGGCGGUGGUUUGCUUGUAAUUAUGGUCCAUGAAGCUGAAGAUGUGGAAGGAAAGAACCACACAAAUCCAUAUGUUAGAUUACUCUUCAGAGGAGAGGAGAAAAGAACCAAGCAUGUCAAGAAAAACCGGGACCCAAGAUGGGAGGAGGAAUUUGCAUUUACGCUGGACGAACCCCCGAUCAAUGAUAGGCUUCAUGUGGAAGUUUUAAGUGCUUCCUCAAGGAUGGGAUUGCUGCAUCCGAAAGAAACUCUGGGAUAUGUGGAGAUACAACUGGCUGAUGUAGUUAACAACAGAAGAAUCAAUGAGAAGUACCAUCUUAUUGAUUCCAAGAAUGGAAAGAUUCAAAUUGAGUUGCAAUGGAGAACAGCUUGAGCCCCUGUCUCCGUGUCAGUUUUUCUAAAUUUGUAGGCUACAACCACAAUUGUUUGCUCCCAAGUCAACUGUUGUUGAUGGAUAUAUUAUGCUCCACAGUUUGACUUCUUAGUGUUGGCUUACACGGUGAAAAAAAAAAAAUUAGCUCAAUGUUAACGUUGCCGUGAUGCACAGUUUCGUUUCUUAUUUUAUUUUAUUCUAUUUUUCGAAUAACAUCUCUGCACAAUAGCUGGUUUUUAUUUUACCCUUGUACUUGUUUGUGUAUGUUUCGUGUAACAUUGGUCGACAUUUGUACGUGCAUGGUUGAUGGUUCCAUUCACGAGUGACUAUUGAUGCAGCGCCCCCCAUGCAUUAAAUGACUCUUGUCCAAUUGUUUGGCUC